AUGGUCAAAGCAACGGUUCUAUUGGCAAGCUUGACAGCUACCCUGAAAUCCCUUUGGUACGGCGGCAGUCCAUUUGCUGGCUAUACAGCGUUAUGGCCGACGGGUCCUGAUGGCAAAUGGAGCAUCCAGGCGGAGGGUAUAAGGCUCGUGUUUACCAAUGCAAAUGGCGGAGCGCCGACGAAUUUGUUCAUGAAUGAUACGAACGGCAACGAAAUCGACUUGAUACUGGGGCUAGAUAACCCAAAAGACUACGUAAAUUACAUUGGCCAGCUCGGUGGGACCAUUGGACGGGUUGCUGGUCAUAUCAGCAAUGCUAGCUUUUCCAUCAACGGGAAAGAGUAUCACACAUCACCGAAUGGCAACAAUGGAAGCACUACUUACAACGGUGGAGUCAAUGGCUGGGAACGUGUAACUUUCGAUGUUGCCUCGCACAAUGAAAAUAGUCUUACUUUCGUGGUCUUUGACCGCGGCAACAACGGGUUUCCGGGUAACUCUGGUUCCAGCUUGACCCAUUCAGUCUACCCUUACGAAUGGAGAAUAUCCUACGGCGUUACACCUACUAGGACUCGUGACCCCGUACCAAUCAACCUAAGUCACAGGACAUAUUGGAAUCUGGAUGGAUUUCGUAAAGGGUCAGAAACGGUUGAGGAACAUCGAUUGCAUCUACCAUUCUCGGGUUUCCGACUAGAAGAAGAUGAAAAUCAGAUUCCGACUGGAGACUUGAAAGGAAAUAAGCCUGGCAGUGAGUUCGAUUUCUGGUCUUCACCAAAACUCCUGGCAGGCGGGCUAGCGCGCAAAGGGUCCUACGAUGAUCUUUUCCUCGUAAACCGACACCAGCCAUGGGAAGUUGGUAGUAAUCCAGUAGCUUCGCUCUCAUCAGCCAAGUCGGGCAUUACUGUCGACAUGUACACUGAUCAAGAAGCUGUUCGCCUCGUUACAUGGGAUAAUAGCAAAGCGACAAACUUGACGCUGAAAGCGGCGCAAGGCGGAAGUAAAGUGCAAAAGAAUGCUGCCAUUUCGAUGGAGAUGAUGGAUUGGCCGGAUGCAUUGCAUCACCCGGAGUGGCAGCGCGAUAAGCAUAUUCUCUAUGGACCAGAUCGGUUGAUGACAACAUUUUCGAGUUUUAAGUUUUCUGUUGCCUGA